AUGUCGGUUCCGGAUGCAGCAAUAAGUUUCCUGCUGGACAACAUUGUCCAAGUGCUCACAUAUAAUUAUCGUUUGAUUGCCGACGCAGGGGACAACAUCAAAACGCUGCGUAGUGAGCUAGAGUUGCUGCAAGGGCUCAUGACGGAUUUUCUCAACUACAACAACGACAGCGAAUACCUGAGGAAGCUGGUGAAGGAGAUUAGAUCCAUAGUUGAAGAGGCCGAGGAUGCGGUUGAUACUUACGUGGUUCAGGCCGCGCUCCAGAAAUCAAAAGGCACGCUUUCCAGAGCUAUUCAUGCAAUCGAUUAUCCAAUGAAGCUUCGCUCCGUGGGGAAGAAGAUUCAACAAAUUAGUGACAAGGUUAAGCAAAUCAAUGAAGGCAAGGCCCCCAAUGCUAUUCAAAUGAUGAGGAAGCAGGAUAAGCGAGAUCAACCCAAAAAGCCUAAAGAGGAACCAAAAGUUGAGACUGAGCAUGUGGUUGGUUUUGAUGGUGCCAUUAAAGAUGUGAGCCAGCUUCUCACAAGUGGAGCAAAACGAUUGGAAGUAAUUUCAAUAGUUGGGAUGUUAGGGCUCGGGAAAACGACACUAGCUAAGAAAGUUUUCAGCCACCAAGAUGUUGAUUAUGAGUACAUGAUUAGGGUCUUUGUCUAUGUUUCGAAACAAUACGAGAGGAGAGAAGUGUUUCUCAAGAUUUUGGGCUCAUUUAUGAAUAUCAGUGCUGAGUUGAGCAGUAUGUCAGAAGAUGAUUUGGAGAAAUUUCUCUGCAAGGAGUUAAAGGGGAAACAAUACCUAAUUGUAUUGGAUGAUGUUUGGGAGAAAAAAGAUUGGGAUAAUUUGAAAGAUGCAUUUCCCAUGAACAACAAGCGAUGCAGAGUUCUCAUAACUACUCGAUAUGAGACAGUGGCUAAACAUGCAAAAAAUUCUGAUACUGAAUUCUAUAAAUUAGACUUUUUGCCACUUGAAAAGAGUCGCGAGUUGCUUCGUUGGAAGGUUUUUCGUGACAACCGCUUGCGUAGUGAGUUUGAUCAGUAUGAGAAAGAAAUUGCAGAGAAAUGUGAUGGGUUGCCUUUAGCAAUAGUGGUCAUUGCAGGCUAUAUUCUUAAUCAUCCCGAAAGAAUUGAUUGGUGGCAACAAGUUGCAGAGAGUGUGAACGAUUAUAUUGCUAGGGAUCAAGAGCAAACUACAAAGGUGAUAGAAUUGAUGUAUGCUCACUUACCAAACCAUUUGAAACGCUGUUUCAUGUAUCUUGGGGUGUUCCCUGAAGACUUUGAAAUCCCAGUGUGGAAACUAGUGCGAUUAUGGAUCGCGGAAGGAUUCAUACAGGCGGAUGGAAGUUUGAGUCAAGAGGAUAUGGCAGAGGAGUAUUUGGAUGAACUUAUUUACAGAAAUUUGGUGAUGGUUGCAAAAAGACGCUCAAAUGACAAAGUCAAAGCUUGUAUCAUUCACGACACUCUACAUGAUUUUUGCAAGAAAGAAGCAUCAAAAGAAAAUCUUUUCCAGGAACUAAAAAGAGACAAUAUUUCCUCCUUAUCAUCAAACCCGAUCUCAGAUCAGCGUCGACGACUGUGUCUCAACAAUGUCGAUGUUCUGAGAUUUCUAUCUUCAGCACCAACUGGUAAGUAUAUUCGCUCUUUCUUAAAUUUUUCUAGAGAGGAGACAGAUGUGGAGGUCAGCCAUGUUUCUAAAAUUGCAAAAACUUUCAACCUGUUGAGGGUGCUAGAGAUUCAGUCUCUCAAAUUCACCCGUAUGCCCAUUGAUCUAAGCAAUCUUAUUCUUUUGAAAUACAUAGCCAUAUCUUCAAAGCUCUCAGUCAUACCAGAAAAAAUGUCUGGUUUGUUGAACAUGCAAACCCUCAUAGUGAACACAGAUGCACCUAGGCUUGAGAUAAAAGCAAAGAUAUGGAAGUUGCCCCAAUUCAGACAUUUGCACACUAAUACAUCCACCGUCUUACCUUUCCCUGAUUCCAAACCCUCAAGCAAGAAAGAAGAAGAUCUCGUAGAUCAAGAUAUCCAGACUUUGUCCACCAUUGCUCCUGAAUGUUGCACAAAGGAAAUUCUCAGUCGGGCCAGCAAGAUCAAGAAAUUAGGAAUUCGCGGAAAUUUAACUGCGCUUUUCAACUUCAGGGAUGACGAAUCUUGUUUAUUUGACAACCUUCAUGAUUUAGGAUCUCUUGAAAAUUUGAAGUUACGGAAUGAUGACAUAGCCUCAAGGAUAAGUUAUCUUCCUCCAGCUAAGAACUUUGCGCAACAGUUGAGAUUGCUGACGCUGUUUGGAACCCAACUGGACUGGGCAGAAUUGAUCAAAUUGGGAAAGCUUCCGAACCUUGAGAUCCUCAAGCUUAAAGAACAUGCAUUCAAAGGGAAGAAGUGGCAGUCUGAAAAGGGAGGUUUCCUGCUGCUGAAACAUUUGCACAUUGGAGAGACUGAUUUGGAAGUGUGGGAAGCUGAAGCAGAUCAUUUUCCGAAACUCACGUGUCUUGAACUCGAGAAUUGCGCUAACCUUAAAACUCUCCCAGAUGGCCUGGCCGAUAUUUCCAGCCUUCACCUAGUGGAUCUUCAUUGCACGACUCCUGAGCUUGCUUCCUCCGCCGAUAAAGUUCGAGCAAAGAAAGAAAUGAAAGGAGGCAAUUUUAAACUCUCAGUUUAUCCUCCAGAGCAUUUGAAGAAAUAG